AGAUGAUGAGGAGGAAGAGGAGGAAGAGCUUGCAGAGAGCACACAGCACUCCAUUCUCCCCAACAGCCAGGAGCUUUUUGUGACCCAGACGGAAUUACCGUCCCAGCCCUUCCAAGCCACUAGCCCAGACAGUGAAGCCAUGGAAGCGACCUCUGCUGCAAAUUUUUCAAGCCUCCCUACUCCAUCCCGAAGGCUAGCUCAGAUAAGGCGGAGGAAGAAGAGGACACGAGAUGAAAUGUUCACAGAAAUCAUGGCAGUAACCUGCAAUGAAAGAGCUCAUCUGGGGGAGUGGAAGGACGUGGUAGCAAAGUACAGGAAAAAUGCCAGUGAACGUGAGGACAGGAGGGACAAACGUGAGGAUAGGAGAGACGCUCGAGAUGAGAGGUGGCGGCAGGAAGAUCAGAGGUGUAGGCAGGAAGAUCAGCGGUGGCGGGAUGCAACGCUGGAGCUGCUGCUUGAUCAAACUGACAUCCUCCAACAUCUGGUGGAUCUUCAGGAAGAGCAGCGGGGUCACAGAAUGCCACUCCAACCCAUGUUUAACCACCCUCAGAUUAGGCCUUUAGAGCGAAAAAUCUUGAAGGCAGGUGUAGACUGUUCACACAGCAUCUUCCCAGCUGACUAUGCCAGCUUUCCGCAACAGACACACUCUUGCAUGGAGGCAGAGGCCAAUGGCCUCAACCCUGAGAAUGAAGUGGUGGAUGAGGAAGUGGAGUUGAAGGAGGAUGUGGGACGUGAAACUGGGUUGUCUGGUGAGCUUCCUGUUUCUCCUCCUGUAGUAGAAAACUUCACCCUGCCAACCAGCAAUUAUUUCUGCAGAGACCAAAACAGCACACAGGCAAGCAGCAUAUGGGCCCAGUCUGAAGCUGUGUACAUGCUGGAGAUGAACCCAUGA